GCGCGAGAAUGGUGGUGUUUGAAAUUGUGGAAAGGGACUUAUAAUCGACAAUAGAAAAUUAGAUCUGUGUCAGAAAGAUAAAGAAGUUCUUAUGAUGAUCAGUUCAGUCAAAGUAGAGAAGUUUGAGCCUUUCGGUAAAGCUUUCUGUUCCCGGCACCCAUUUGCGGCUCUUCCCAAGACUAGCAAUAAACGAUCGAUCCUUGAGAGCGAAAUCGAACCGACUUGCAAAUGGGUUUUGAGGUCCACGAAAGAUCACCCAGAGUGUUAUGAGGAGUUAUUUAUGCAAGGUAACACCGUUGUUUGGAGUGUUGGAAAGUCUCAGACAGUGAGAACAGUGCAGAAAUGUUAUUCAGCCAUGUCUCUGAUAGUAGAUUGUUUGUGGUGCACAUUUAGCCUUCCAUCUGAAUAUUGCAACAGAGGAGAGAAUCAAGUUUCAUCUGGGGAAACAUUACAUAGCCUUUGUGUCCUCCAGAAUGACUGUAUUGAUGUGCUGACUGAGGAUGGCGCUCUAUUUACCAUAACCCUUCCAUUUCCAGUGAAACAAGUGGUUGCUUUGCAAGAGGGAUUGUUGCUUGAGAGAGCAACAGCACCAGGAGAAAUCACUGGGCAGAGGAGGGAUGUCCCUACAAUGUUUAGUGUCCUGCAUCCUUUGGAUGAACCAAGACCUAUCACAUCUAAAGUGGAAGGAAAGAUCUUCUACAUCUGUGACCCAGCGGUUAGUGUGGUGUUUUCAUGCAGUGAUCCUCCACUAGUCAUGACAUAUGACUUUGUCAUUGGUUUACAUUCAGUAUGGCAUGUGACCAAAGCAACAGCUCAAAAGAAAGUAAAGCAACCUCUGAUGGUAAAAGAUUCUCCAGUAAGGGUAGGACUGAGGUCGCCUGUUCCUUUCUUUUCCCCACCCAUGUCAUGCUUUUCAAGCAAAGAAGAAUCAUCCUGGGACAGCUUUCAGCCAUUGUCCCCAGAUGUUUGCCUCACCCAGGUUUGGCAAGAAACACAAGUGGCUGUCAGAUAUGGUACAAAAGGGAAAGCUUCCAAAGCAUUCUUAACAAAAGACAAAUCUGGUGCCACAUUUCUUUGUUACCUUCUUGGGCAGUUAGAAAAAUUAAGAGGGGUUCAGGUUAUUCAGGAGAGGGACUGUGUAGAUUUGAACAAUACAUUUGAGAUUCCUGCUAAGGAUGCUGUUCCAGUUGAGAAAUUAAAUGUGAUGCUUGUUCUGGAGCCAAAUUAUUCACUAGUCAUUUACAGUGGAAUGAUUAAGGGCUGUCAAGUAAAUUUGCCAAUUUUUUCAUUGUUGGAAGUUGAUCAAUCAUUGCAUUUCAAUACACCUGAGAAGGUUUUGUCAUUUUCAUCAAUUAAACUGAGUAACAAUGAAGUUAACAUGGAUGAUGUAGAAGGUAAACCAUCACUGGGAAAUGCAUUACAGGAUGUGAAAAUUUUAUCACUGAGAGAUCCAGUGUCUGAAACUUGUAAUCUGGUAUUGUCAGAUGGAUCAAUAUACAGAAUUAAACUUCCAAUAUUGUCCCAAAACUUGGCAGUUACAGCUUGUUUAGAAGCUUUGAAGUACAUUCUUCCUGGGUUGUUGGUGAUUCAGGCUCAACUGGCCUGUUAUGCAGUGGCCCAAGUCCCUCAUUUGCAAGAUAGUGAACAAGAAUGGAAGUGGUUUACAAAGUGUGUCUUGGAGUUAAUGGGGUUUCAAACUGAGGACAAAUUUAAGAGUGACUCACCAGAAUUGCCUGCAGCUAAAAAAUCAAAAACCCAGGAAGAAGACCAGGCUUGGGAAAUGUUGACAAUGAGUGACUUUCAUCAAAACAUGUCAAGGCAAGGCAUUGGACUGCCACCAUUGUUAAACAAAGAGACCCCAGGGGAGGAGAAGCAUUCCUUUCCUAUGCAAAUUAAAAAAGAUGCCCUUCUUCAUAACCACAUUUCCUCCAUACUGUUUGCGUGGCAUUUGAUUUAUGAGGACCUCAAAUUAAAUAUUCUGGGGAAGGACUCCCUGUGUCCUAUGGCUCAGUUUCUUUGUGACCUUGCAUUAGCUCUUGGUUGGCAUGCCUAUGUUGAUUAUUACUGCAGGGACUUUCCUUCUCUUUUCCUUGGUUCACGGGAUAGUCCUGCCCAUAUCAUAAGAGACCAACAGAGUGAGAUGUUUCUUCCUCUGUGUGAGAAGCCUCCCAGUAUAAUCCAAUGGCUGUAUAACUUUCUUAAUGGACACCCGGUUGAACCUUUUCCUGUGCUACCAAGAACUACCAAGCACACGUAUAAUAUCAUUAUGCUGUACUCACUUUUCAACAACAUAGAAGACAAAAACAACCUUGAAGAUGAUGCAGACAAAUUGUUCAAAUGCAUCAGCUAUUCAGAAGAGGUGAUCGCCACUUUCAAGGAAUCAUUUGUAACCACACAGGAGAAGCUUAGGUGUUUUGAUUCUGAUGCUGAUAAAGUGGUCGCAUUCCUCGCGAGCAGUGGCCGUGAAGAUCUUGCCUCCAUGCUAAUGACAGAUGCAAAAAAACUAAAUACUUACAUCCCUCUGAAGAAAGCAACACUGAAAGAUGGAGAAAUAGAUGACGGAUUUAAUAUAGAUGACGAGAUACUCCGCUUGCGCUUUGGUAAAGACUUGAGAGUCCAGGAGAUGAAAAGAGUGCUCCAGUCUUCCAAACCUGUCACAGUGAAUGUUCUACAGAAGCCUGAUGUUAGUGACCAUGACUUUAUUCAGGAACAAGAAAAUCGUUUACUUUUGAUGUGCAAGAGAACCAUGGCGUUACCCGUCGGAAGAGGGAUGUUUACAAUGGCCACCUCUCGACCAGUACUGACCGAAACUAUUCCAAUUCCACCACUGGAUUUGACAGGACGGGCCCCGCCUAGGAAUACCACGGUUGGUUUGGAACACGUGGAAACUCCAGCAGACAUGAAGAUGUGGCCGCUAUUCCAUAACGGAGUAGCUACGGGACUCAGGAUUGCACAAGGAAUAUCACAGAUCGAUAGUACCUGGAUCGUUUACAACAAACCGAAAACCAAUCAACAAUCAGAAGAACACGCUGGUUUCCUUAUGGCUCUUGGACUCAAUGGCCACCUUAAAAAUUUGUCUCACAUGAACCUACAUGACUAUUUGUGUAAGGGACACGAACUUACAACCGUCGCGCUUUUGCUUGGCACGGCAGCUGCUAAGCGAGGAACAAUGGACGUGACCAUCACUAAAAUGCUGAGCAUUCAUAUCGACGCCCUAUUGCCUCCAACAUCAGCAGAGCUUGAUCUGCAUCAUUCAGCACAGGUAGCCGCCAUAUUAGGAGUGGGUCUGUUAUACCAAGGCACCGCACAGAGACGAAUGGCAGAGGUGCUUCUUUCUGAGAUAGGGAGACCACCCGGUCCUGAAAUGGAAAAUGCUGUGAAUAGAGAAUCUUAUUCUCUUGCUGCUGGUCUGGCUCUGGGACUUGUCAUGUUGGAGCACGGGAACGAAGCAGCCAGUGUGGUGGACCUUAAGAUUGCUGACCAGUUGUAUCACUACAUGGUCGGUGGACAAACCAAACCUCAGACUGGAACGCAAAAAGAAAAGUUCAAGUCUCCAAGCUAUCAAAUCAAGGAAGGUGAUAGCGUGAAUAUCAAUGUGACGGGACCUGGUGCUACUCUUGCUCUAGGACUGAUGUUUAUGAAGACGAAAAACACAUCUGUCGCAGCAUGGUUUGACGCUCCCGACACUCAGGUCCUGUUGGAUUUUAUUCGUCCAGAUUUCCUCUUGCUCCGGCUUCUUAGUCGAGGUCUGAUCAUGUGGGAUAGCAUUCAUCCCUCUACAAACUGGGUGGAAAGCCACAUUCCUGCGAUUGUUCAUCAGUGCGAUACCACUUUGGCUGAAAAUGAAGCAGCGAACUCAGACAUCGACAUGGAAAGUCUGAGUCAGGCGAAGAUCAAUAUCAUUGCCGGUUGCUGCAUGGCCAUGGGAUUAAGAUUUGCUGGUUCCGCUAAUCAGGAAGCCUUCAACUGUUUGAUGCAUUACACUAAAUACUGUAAAGAUUUGUUGAGCAACAGUGCAGUGGAACAGGCUGGGAAGCCUACAGUUGAAACGUGCCUCAACACAAUCCUCUUAUCGCUGGCUAUGGUGAUGGCGGGAACUGGUAAUCUCGAUGUGCUUAGGAUCGCUCGACAGCUGCGUAAAAGACAUUCCCCAGAUGUUCCGUAUGGGAGUCACAUGGCGGUUCAUAUGGCAAUCGGCCUUUUGUUCUUGGGUGCAGGAAGGUUCACUCUGAGUACCGAUGGACCUUCCAUUGCUGCGUUGAUAUGCGCCUUCUAUCCUAGAUUUCCAAUCUCAAGCACUGAUAACCGGUACCACCUGCAGGCGUUCAGACAUUUGUACGUACUUGCAGCCGAGCCUCGAGUCCUUGUUCCUCGUGAAGUGGACACAAACAAAGCCUGUCAUGUUCCUCUUGAAGUCACGCUCAAGGAAACGCAGUUUUACCCAGAGACAGUUUUAAAACUCACCGCGCCUUGCAUUCUACCAGAAUUGCAGCUUAUCAGAAAGAUAUGUGUUUCGGGGUUGCGUUAUUGGCCAAUCACAAUCGAUUUGACGGAAAGCAACGACUCUUUUAGUCUACUAACUGCCAGUCAAGGAACUUUAUUUGUUAAAAGAAGAACGGGUUUUUUAUCUUAUGCCGACGAUCCACAGGGUUAUCGAAACAUUCUUGCCAAGACAUUUUCUGCCCAAACAGACCAGAUAGAAGUGGUACGAAGCUUUUCAUCAGAUCCGAAUCUCAUAGCGCUGGUGGAGUGAGAGGAGGUUAUGUUCGUUCAUUGCAUCGACGCUAGUGGAAACUGUUACAGAGGAAAAACCCGAAGUUUUGCAGAUACUGUUGCGCAUGUGGCAGAUUGUUCAUAAUUUGGAGUAUGAACCCGACCCAGGCUCUGUCUGGCAGAUGAAGCUGGCCGUAACAUUCUACAAGAAAGUGUUCUCAAGAAUUUCUACGCGCAUGCGUAGGAAGGUAUGCUUAGUGAAACAAGGGUGUGAACUCUCAACAAGAAGUAAUCUACAUCUGUCCCAUUGUCAUCGUAGAUUGUCCACUGUUAAUCAAGAAACUACUUUUGCACUUGUCGGUAUUCUAGAAGUCUAG